AUGGACACGGCAACAGACAUCGCGCGCAUGGGCAAAGUCUCGGAUAAGACUGUCGACAAGUCGGCUACGACGAGCUCCGUCGAAUCGGCCGAAGCCCAGGGCUUCGACCUGAAAGCCACGAAGAAACUGGUGCGAAAGAUAGACUGGCACCUCAUCCCCUUCUUGUCCUUGAUCUACCUACUCUGCUUCCUGGACCGCACCAACAUCGGGAAUGCGAGACUCGACCACCUGGAACAGGACCUCCAUCUGCAGGGGAUCCAGUACAAUGACUGCCUCGCCAUCCUGUUCCCCUUCUACAUCGCCGCGGAGAUCCCCAGCAAUAUCAUGAUGAAGAAGCUGCGGCCCAGCAUCUGGCUGACCUUUAUCAUGCUUUUCUGGUCCGUCGCAAUGAUCUGCCAGGGCUUCGUGAAGGACUAUUCCGGUCUGAUGGCGACGAGAGUGUUCCUGGGCAUAUUCGAGGGCGGGCUCUUCCCCGGCGUCAACUACUACAUCACGAACUGGUACCCGCGGCACGAGUGCGGCUUCCGCAUGGCUCUGUUCUUCUCGGCCGCGACACUGGCGGGCGCCUUCGGAGGGAUCCUGGCCAGAGGCAUCUCGGAGAUGGACGGUGUCGGUGGAGUUGCUGCAUGGGCAUGGAUCUUCAUCCUCGAAGGCCUUCUCAGUAUCCUCGUCUCGUUCUCGGCCUACUGGGCGAUCAACGACUAUCCGGCUACAGCUAAGUUCCUCAGCACCGAGGAGCGUGCAGAGGUUGAACGUCGCAUCGCCGCCGACCAUGGGAACCUCUCGAAUCACUUCGCGUACAAAUAUGUGUUUCAAGCCAUCAAAGAUUGGAAGAUAUAUAGUGAGAGCAUCCAGCACAUGCUCAUCUGCAUGUCGGGCUUCUGUCCCAUCUACUCCUUCGCCCUGUUCCUGCCGACCAUCAUCAAGCACAUGGGAUACACCAACAACCAAGCCCAGCUGAUGAGCGUACCCCCCUACGUGAUCGCCUGCUUCUUCACCAUCGUGGCGAGCUGGCUCGCCGACCGCGUCAAGCAGCGCGGCGUGUUCAUGCUGGGCUUCCAGCUCGUCGCCAUCAGCGGGUUCGCGCUGCUGGCGGGAUCCGUCCAGCCCCGGAUCCAGUACGCGGGGACCGUCCUGGCCGCCAUCGGCAUCUACCCCCAGAUCCCCCUCGGCCUGGCCUGGAACGGGAACAACAUCGGUGGCAGCCUGAAGCGAGGCACGGGCAUCGCCAUGCAGGUCAUGGGCGGCAACUGCGGAGGCAUCAUCGCCUCUUACGUCUACCUCACGCGCGAUUCACCACGGCACAGAGGGGAGAGGGGAGAUCGCGAGGAAGAAUGA